UUUGUGACAUUUAAAAAUGGCUGCUAUUGGAUUUGCAGACGAACUUGUUAGAGAUUAUUUGUUGUAUCGCGGUUUUCUUGGUGCUCUCAAGGCUUUUGAUGCCGAACUGAAAACGGAUAAAGAUCGUGGGUUUCGUGCAGAUAGAAUAGUGGAACAUCUUACUUCUUGUAUCAGUAGCCUGGACCUGAGUGCCUUGCGAGAAGCAUGGAGUCACUUAGAUUUAAGAAUUUUCUCAAGACUUGAACAUUCAUUCCUUUCCUCAGCCAAAAAAUUGGAAACUGCAUUGUUAAGAAUGUAUGUAGUAACUUGCAUCACAAGUGGUCGGCAGGAUAAACUCAGAGAGUUUUUUGAAAAAAUGACUCCAGAACUUCAAGGGCAAGCAGAAUGGAAAGAUUGGUUUGCAUUAUUGUUUUUGAAGUCUCCAGAAGAUAAUCCAACAUUCCAGUUAUAUUUUACUCGUCAAUGGCAGGAUACAAUGUUAGUUUCUUUGCAGAAUUUUCUCAGUGUGAUCUUUCAAAGCAUGAUGUUGCCUACAUUGUUAAGUUAUGAAGAAGAACUCUUGCGUCUCAGUUCCCUCCAGGAAGAAAAUGAAAAUCUUCAUCAAAAGAUUGGUACUUUUGAAAAACAGGAAGGACAAAAGCAGAUUGAUAGUUCCAUUAAUAAUUUUCAUGAAACUCCAGCACCUACUGAAUUAAUGGAUGAUUUUUAUGUGAUUGCACAAGAACCUCCUGCAGAAAGUCAAUCAAAAUCAAUUAAAACCCUCAUUAAAAAUAUUAGUAGUGGUCUUCCUGCUUCACCCAUAUUGGGUAGACGGCAUCAAAGUCAAAGUGAAUUGAGAAAACAGACAACAGAAGAAACAAUAGGAUCUCUUCCAAAAUUGAAACAGAGAUCACCUAGUAUACCAAGUCCACAACCAAUAGCAUCAACAUGUUUAACAACAAAAAAGAAAAUGCAGAUGGAACAAGAAGCAAAAAAGAAACUUCAAGCACAAACAAGUCAAGAAACUACAAAGUUUGAAGGAUUACGCUCAACUGACCAAACCACCAGGAGACCAUCACUUCCAUGUGCAGUUCCUGAAGUCAUAAGUGAAGGUAUGUCUCUGAAAGGAAACUUUCUAGUGCUAAGUCAGGAACAAUACAAAGAUCAUCAUAGUAGUAUUACACAUUGUAAAUUCAACAGUUCUGGGUCUGUUGUUGCUAGUGCUGACAUGGAUNCCCUCAUUAGAAUAUGGAAUCCCAGUCCGUCCCCACAAGCCAUAACCACAAUUGUCUCAAAGUGUAGUGUAUUGGCUCUAGAAUGGGCAACUAAGCGAGAAAGAUUACUUCUACACGGAAAUACAACUGGUCGCAUUCGAUUUUAUGACAUUAAAGAGAGAAAAAAUGUGUGUGAUAUUUCUCCUGAAACAAACAGUUUACUUAAAGAUCAAAAAAUAAUGACUCUAGUAUGUAGUCCCACAGAAGCAUUUUUUGCUUGUUCAACGAGUCCAAAUACAUCUCAUAGUAAUGAAAAAUCAGAUAGUACAACCAAUCAAAGAGGACAAUUGUUAUUGUGGGAUAUGAGAACAAUACAAUUUGAGCGUUCACUAUUGAAAGAAAGCAGCCAUACCAAUGUUAAUUGCUGUGCAUUUAAUCAUAAUGGCCAGUUGCUAAUAGCUGGCACUGUAGAUGGAAGGAUUUGCAUGUUUGAUUUGAGAGCUGGAGAAAGUAUUGCCACUUGGUCAGCACAUGAUGGAGAUGUGUUCUGUUUACAGUUCAAUCCAGACGAAACUGCAUGCUACACAAUGGGAGGUGAUGGAAAGUUUAUCCAAUGGAGUAUCAACAAAACUGGUGAUAAGAUGGCCGAAUUGGCAAUUCAUAAUGGAGCAACUGGACCAUUCAUCCUACCAAAUAAUCCUUCUGUUCAUCAUCAUCCAGUGGGAAAAUUAUUCACUUUUGAUUCUGAUGGAAGCCAUGUUCUAACAUGCGGUCCUUCUGGAGGGAUAAUUUAUAAGGAUGAGACUAAUGGAAGAAUCUCUGCUUCCAUGAGUUUGGGUGGUCACGUCUGGCCAGUAAACACGGUCGACUGGUGCACCGGCAUGGACUGUGGCACUUGCCUCACCGGUUCGUUAAAUGGGGACAUUGUCAUAUCUACAUUACUGCCACAAUAAGAUUUUUUGCAAGACUUCAUAUAUUUAUCAAUUUC